AUGUAUAAUUAUUCGCUUUAUUUUACAUUGUUCAUAUUUUUUACAAGAAGCAAUGCUGCGGUCACUCCAGCACAGAAGGCAAUGAUACAGUCCAAACUAUUGUCCAGCGGCUUGGAAUGUAUCAAAGAUCAUCCACUCUCGAUAUCUGAUAUAUCAACGUUGAGGAAGAAAAUGAUUCCUAACAAUGAGAAUGCUAGGUGCUUUGCGGCUUGCUUGUUUAAGAAGACUGGUAUUAUGGACGAUGUGGGAAAAAUUAAUCCAACAGGAGCGCACGACAGCGCCGCGAAGAUAUUCAAAAACAGCGAGGAUCAUUUGAGCAAAGUCGAUGGCAUUAUUGAGGAGUGCUCUUUUGUUAAUGAUCAAACUAUGGGAAAUGAUAAGGGCUGCGAGAGAGCCAAGAUGGCGUUCGAAUGUUUGGUACAACAUGCUCCUAAAUUUGACCUGGAUAUUGACUUUUAA